UAUGACCGGGUCAUCACAGCCCAAUUACUUCUACUUACCAUACGAGUUUCGACCUCAAAUCGAUCGUUCAGACCUUGCUUUCGCAACAGGCGGGUCUCCGCCGUGGCAACUCAUUCCGUCGUACCCUUCACCGCCUAUGUCCAGCCCGCCUUCCCCACAGAGGAAGGUAUCUGAUAUACAGCCUCCACCAGCUACAACAUUCUCUGAACUUACGCUUUCUGGCACCACUACCUCUACAGAUCCAUCGGUCACCGGCACAGACUUUACCAUACCUCCCGUCUCGGCAGGUGCAUCUGCAUCUACAUUGCAAAGCUUACCUCAAUCCUUUGCUCCAUCAUCAUCAGCAGCGUCAUCAGGGGUACCCCGCACUUAUUCAUCGUCUUCGACAGAAAGUCUUGCACCACUUCGUCAGACCAAGUCUGGAUCGAGUGCAAGCAAUGUGCCAGAUACCCUUCCUACUGCUGGACCCAGUGUUGGACAGUCGUCAUUAUCUAACAUAGGUCGAGGUGGGAGAAGAGCUAAAGUCCAUGUUGCCAAUGCAUGUAACAAUUGUAAGAGAGCACAUCUCAGCUGUGAUGUCGAAAGACCUUGUGGCAGAUGUGUGGCUACAGGCAAGGCUCGUGGUCGACCACGUUUACGCGAUGAGGGCCAGUUUCAGCUACAGCAAGGUGGUUCGGAGGUGGAGUCAGUGGCGAGUCCAGUUGCGGGACCCUCGUCUGCUAGACCAAUGGCCCGACCAGGCCAUCGAAAAACAGCUUCUCUACGGACGCUAGCUGCUUUUGCUGCAGAACAGAGCCACCAACCUUCAACUAGUCAAGGUGUUCCGGCGCGCGAACGCGCAUACUCAUUCGGAGCAGCUCCGUCGACAGGACUCCUACCACCAUCCAGACACCCACGCUUAGCCCCUUCCCCUGAGAUACCAAUCGCUUUUCUCGACACCGAUUUUGUGGUCUUGAAGGCCAACACGACCUUCCAGCGUCUCUUCUCGUGGCUACAGGAGAUCAAGGGAAUACGCUUGUCGGACAUUGCAAAGCCGUUGGACGGAGACAGCUUCCAGAAUGCUCGCAACAGGUUGAGGGAAGAAAGAGAGAUACGCGAGCCGGCAUACCUACCGCCUAUACUACAACCAAGAUUGGACCCAGUGUCAGGCAUUGGAACAACGGAUCAUGAUGUGGAGGAAGUUACAAGAGGUUUUGCAGACCAUCAGUUCGCCUGGACUUUCCGACUCGGAGGUGGUGUUGAUCAGACAUUACCGGUCCGUAUGCGUCUGGCAAAGACGUCUGUUUACUUUGUCACUCUGUUCCUGCCACCGUUACCACCCCAAGUCGCCGAGCAGAUCAUAGCUCCUCAACCACCACCAUUCAUGUUUCCCACACGGGUUGCAGCCCCUCCAUCCGCGCCAUUUCAAGGCAGUCCCCGCAUGAUGGAACAACAACCGGGCAUCUCUGAACCUCCCUCCACAUACUACACUUUUACCGACCCCGGAUCACAAAACUACACACUCAACCCACGCUACUCAUUCGGUGAACACUCAUACACGCACAGCACACAUUACCAGCCAUCCUACCAUCAGCCGCAACAACCAUCGUCACAACAAAUGCUGCCACCACCCCCAACACAUUCAGACCAACGUCCCGGCACAGCAGGAUCAAGCUCCAGCAGUCACAUGACGCAACCUCCUUUCCUUCAGCCUCCCAUGCAUGCACAUCGCAGCCGACCAAGAUCCGAUACCAUGGACUCACUAGGUAGACACAUUCAAACCAGACUACGAGCAGACAGCGGGGCUACAGUAUCAGUACUCCAAAGCUCGCCCGUGCAACAACGACAUGCCGUUGAGCGAGCAAGCAGUGAAGAUGACAUUGAGACAGGGGAAAGUUCAGGAAGCCCCAGNAAAAGAAGAAGACUCGAUAUCAAUGAGAUGUUGCAGCGA